AUGUCAUCGACGAACAAGCCAUCCAGCCUGUCUCCUCCAUGCAGUAUCAUUGACAGCAAUGAGUCUCUAGCAACACCUAUUCGAGAUUUUCAAAUGAAGACAGGCCCCGAUCUCAGCGUGCACCAGCACCAGCACCAGCACCAGCGCCAGCGCCAGCGCCAACACCUUACUCCAACUCUCCAGGAUAACUUCUUGUUUGCGAGUGUCUUCUCCUUCUUCUCUCGUCGUCCUGCAAAUGGCUAA